GGUCUCCAGUUGGCCUAGUGGUUAAGGAAAUGGGAAUAGUGUAUAAUUGUGCUUGCCUCACAAUAUACAAAUUCAUGCAAUGGCAGGCAAAGGAAGUCCUUCAAUUAAUAACUGUGGAAAUGCUCAAAAAACACUAAGUUGAAAAGAGGCAAGCCAAGUCCCAGUGUGAACGUAGUGCCACAAAGAAGAAGAAGCGUUACUGUUGCUGUUCGCAGGGAAAUUUGCAGCUCGUUACUGCAAAAAUGUUCUAGUUGAGAUCAGAUCUCUCAGCCAAAGUUUAAUGAGGCUCAUUCAAAAUCACCCACUCGAAAAAUUAUUUCCAGUAUUUAACCAUUUGGAAAAAAUCCAAUCAGUCACAAAUCACCCUAGCAGCAUGUCCAACUGGUUGAGCUGCUUCCAAAUUCUGCUGGCAGGAAGGGCUCUCGUCCAAGCAAUCGAUCCGAAUGAGCUGCUGAAAUCAACCAUCACCAAACACAACUACCCGGUGGAGCUGCACCCGGUCACAUCCCCCGAUGGCUACCACCUAACCAUGGCCCGAAUACCCAACCCCCGCCGCCCAAUCCUCUUCCUGAUGCAUUCGUUCCUCAGUUCCUUAUCCGAAUACACCGUCCUAGGCCCCCGUCAUUCUCUAGCCUUCUCCGGGUUCGACGCCGGUUUCGACGUGUGGCUAGCGAACGGUCGUGGAAACACCUUUUCCCGGUCGCAUCGCUCGUUGGACCCCUCGCAAAAACAGUUCUGGGACUUUAGCUUCCACGAAGUGUCCACCCUGGAUCUGCCGGCCAUGAUUGGGUACGUGCUGAACGUGACCGGACGAGGGAAGGUUCACUACGUGGGGCAUUCGCAAGGUGGGACCAACUUCCUGGUCAUGGCUUCGAUGCUGCCGGAGAUCAAUGGGAAGAUUGCGAGUGCGCAUUUGUCCUCGCCGGUGGCGUUUUGGGCCAGAAAUACGACGCCCAUGAGUUAUUUGUAUGAUGAGCUGAUGACGAUGAUCGGGGUUUUCGAGCAAAUCGGGUUGUACGAGAUCGGUGGGCGGUCGGUGGGCAGUGUGAUGGAGUACGUGGAAAAGGCGAUCGACGGGGGAUGCAUAUCGGAGGACAUGCUGAUGCUGGGGCUUUGGAUGCUGGUUGGGGAACACGGGGAAACACUGAAUCGAACUACGCUGAAUGGGAUUAGGAAGGUGUUUCCGGCGGGGGCGUCACUGCGGCAGGGGUUGCAUUUUUUGCAGAUGAUGAAGUCGGAACGGUUCUGCUUAUUUGACUACGGAGAGCAGGAGAAUUUGAGGCGGUACGGAAAGGUGGCACCUCCGAACUAUCCUUUGGAGAAGAUAACUGCGCCGGUGGCUUUGUACUACGGGACAAAUGAUCCUUUUGUGGCACUCAAAGAUUUGGACGACUUGGCGAGGAAGUUACCGAAUUUGGUUUUGAAACAGAAGAUGGAUGAUCCGAAGUGGAAUCACAUCGAUUUCAUCUUUGGAUCGCAUGGUUACGAGGCCCAUCAGUUGGUGCUCAAGUGGGCUAAGGCCUAUGAAUCGUAGCGGGUUUGAAGAGUACUUACUGUGGUGUUAAACUCGUAAGGUUUGUAUUUUUUGCUUGAAAUUACCUGGAAUUGAAAGAGAAUAAAAAUGUUAGUAAGCGCAUACACAUAAAUAAAUUGUUCAAAUAUUCCUUCACAUUUGCUUUAAGACAUUUAUAUCUUAAUCAAUUUAAUGAUCAAGGUGUGCUGUUAAUCCUGGGCAUUUUUUUUCACUACCGUACGGGAUUGGGCCGAAGGAUCUCAGAUUUGAUGAUUAUAUGAACAAAAAAAAAAUAAAUUGAGAAAAAAUCAGGGUCGCCUAUUUUCCCGGAAAACUCAGGUGGAAAUUCUUUGUUUUCCCCUGAAACUACUUACGAAAAAUCAUAACUCAAGAACGAAGCAUUAUAGAAACAAAGUUUUUUUUUUGAAAAAUAGAAGCAAAUUUUCUCAGAAAUAAAAAAAAUAUGAACUGGAAAAAGCUAUUCACAAAAUUUUCCACAGUUGAGAAUAUUCGUAAAGAAAAGCCCGAACUCGUGGAAAAUUUUCAAAAAAAAAAUUGAGAAGGUUAUUCCAUUAUGUUUAAUCGCUGAAAUUUUUGGAAUGCACUUUCUUUCGUUUUUGAGUUAUGGUCAAUUUUGUUGAAAAAUGUCCAAAUGUGUCAUAUAAGCUUUCUCUUUGAAAAAUCAUAACUCAAGAGCGGAGCAUCGUAGAAACAAAGUUUUUUUUAGAAAACGAGCGCAAUUUUUUCAGAAUAUGAAAAGGAAAAAGUUUUCCACAAAAUUUUCGAAAUUCAAAAAGAAAAAAAAAAGAAAAACUCACGGGAAAUUUCCAAAAAAAUUUUUUUGAGAAGGUAGUUUCAAAAGCUUCGAUGGCUGAACUCUUUGAAAUGCACUUGUUUUUCGUUUUUGAGUUAUGGUCAAUUAUGUGAAGAAUGACCAUAAAAUAUAUGCGUACAUGUUUUUUUUUCAAUUUUGUGUUUUCAAUUGCCAUAAAUCAAGAAAGAAAAAAAAGUGCGUUCCAAAAAUCCGCAAUGAAAUAAUAAUGGGUCAUUCCACACGAAGUGUACACACCGCGUGUUAUCGAGCAUCACGGAUUUUGACCAAAUUUUGUUGGAAUGUUUGUUUAAAUGGAGGAAGAAAAAAUCCAAAUUUUGGUGCCGAUCGGAUCACCCCUCGGCCCGUGGCAGCACCCCUCGUCUUUGCCAAUACAAGAAAAAUCCAAGUUUUCCCUUCCCUUUCUUAAUUUAUAGCUUUGAAACUAUAACAUAUACACAUUUGUAACCUUCGGCUUUUUUGAAGAAAAUUAUUGGAGGAAUCCAGGAAAAAUAUUAUUUUUUCGAUACAGUGUUUCCAAACAUGUUAUUUUUUAAUUUGAAAAUUUAAAAUCGAUUUUUCGUCGAAUGAGUAUAUCUUGAUUUCAAAAAUUUUGAUUCCAUCGUGUUUAUCAGACAUUUUCCAAUCGAAAAAGCUUAACUCCCCGAGGUCUUUUUGGCCGUUCCAGAGAUACAGCGUUUUUAAGCUUGAAAACCGUUUUUCUCUCAUAUAUAAAAUAAGUCCAAUGUACAAGUUUUGCUAAGUAAACAUUAUUCGAUGUAAUUUAAACGUGAUUUGGGCUGAUUUAGACCAAGGAGAAUAGAAAACUAUGUAAAAAUAAUAAUAUGACAGUGUUGCCAGUUCAUCAAUUAUGGAUUUAUUAGAAUGGAUAACAAUGAAUUGCUAAAAUUUAAAAUUUAUGUAUUAUAAUCCUUAUUUCAAUUGAAAUUCUACCUAUGUAAACAUUAAAAGGUUGACGAAAGUGUUGCCAGUCAUUUUAAUUUUAUUGUAAAAAUCUACAUGAGAACUUUUGUAUCAAAUCAAAUUAUCAAGCAAAAAUCAUAAAUUUCUUUUUUUAUUACUAUUGGCAACACUGAACCUUGAUAGUUUUCGUUUGGUGUGCAACUUUUUAUUCUUCAAACAAACCUUUAAUAUGGUCAGUGGUGAAUUCAAUUGUUCACUGAAAUUUAUUCAUGGAUCAGUAUUACGCUAUUUGAUUUCGACUGUUCUUGGUGUAUUUUUAGGAUUUUUUAGCUUUUCAGUCUGAUUGUGAGAUCAAAAUCAACCUUAUGUUCUCUUAUUCCGACGCUUCCAUUCUGGAUGACAUGUUAUGCCUUACCGUACAAGUUGCUAUUCAUUUUUUUCUGUUUAACCAUUGUUUUGAACUUGUACGGGGAAAGGAAAGUUCCCAAAAGUGAGUUGAGUUAACUCCAUUAACUCACAUACAGACAGAGUACUUAGAGUAGAAAGAACUUCUACCCAACUGCCAGUUCAAAUCACUCAACUAUCAAUACUAUGUCACUCACUUAUUUUUGGACAGUCUCUAGGCCAGUCUUAAUGUUGUACAGUUGCCUGGGUAAUUACACCUUGUACGCUCACCCGGGUUGCUAGUCUUUUAACCCUAAAAGGGAUACCUGGGGUCCAUUGGACCCCAGGCGCCUUUCAGAGUUUGUCUUUGAUGGAACACACUCCGCAAGGUGACGAAACUGAGGCCAUGAAGGUAUCCCUUUUAGGGUCAAAUGUGCCAUCUAAUCCUUCUCUUGGUCCUUUUUUAUGUGCGAAACAAUGCAACUCUACGGGAACUCAAAAAUCCUUUUCGUGAAACUUUUACAUUUAAGGCCCUUUAGCGUGUCGUUGCAAAAUGGGACACUAAAAGGCCUUAAACUAAUUUUUGAGCUCUUCUUGCAUCCUCUCUGAUUCACUCUCUUUAUGGAUAAACAGAAAAAAAAAUGAAUAACAACUUGUACGCUAAGACAUAACAUGUCAUUCAGGAUGGUUUUUCGUAAUACUGAACUUAUUUUCAGGAUUUUUUGGCUUUUCAGUCCGAUUGUGAGAUCAAAAACAAUCUUAUGUUCCGGAGUAAGAGAACAACGUUUCGAUCCGUAUCGGAUCUUUCUCAAAAUCCGAUACGAAGCAUCGGAGUAAGAGAACAUAAGGUUGUUUUUGAUCUAACAAUCGGGCUGAAAAGCUAAAAAAUCCUAAAUACCAAGAACAGUCGGAACCAAACGAAAACUAUCAAGGUUCAGUGUUGCCAAUAUGUAGGAAUAAAAUUGUAAAAAAGGAAUUUAUGAUUCUUGCUUGAUAAUUUGAUUUGAUACAAAAAUUCUCAUGUAGAUUUUUACAAUAAAAUUAAAAUGUCUGGCAACACUUUCGUCAGCCUCAAUGUUUACAUAGGUAGAAUUUCAAUUGAAAUAUGGAUUAUAAUACAUCAAUUAUUAUUAGCUUUAUCAAGGAGAUUUUCAGCCCGCGGCUGGUUCAUCUCCAUAUACAUCAAUUUUAAAUUUUAGCAAUUUAUUGUUAUCCAUUCUAAUAAAUCCUUAAUUGAUAAACUGGCAGCACUGUCAUAUUUUUGCAUAGUUUUCUAUUCUCCUUGGUCUAAAUCAGCCCAAAUCACCUUUAAAUUACAUCGAAUAAUGUUCACUUAGCAAAACUUGUACAUUGGACUUAUUUUAUAUAUGAGAGAAAAACGGUUUUCAAGCUUAAAAACGUUGUAUCUCUGGAACGGCCUAAAAGACCUCGGGGAGUUGAGCUUUUACGAUUGGAAAAUGUCUGAUAAACACGAUGGAAUCAAAAUUUUUGAAAUCAAAACAUACUCAUUCGAAGAAAAAUCGAUUUUAAAUUUUCAAAUUGAAAAAUAACAUGUUUGGCAACAUUGUAUCGAAAAAAUAAUAUUUUUCCUGGAUUCCUCCAAUAAUAGGGGUACUCACUAAACAGAUUAAAUUGCUGCGUAAGCCAUGAUUUUCUGCUUAUUUGAAAUGUUUCAUGAUUUUGCUAAUGAAAUAAUCAAAGAUUGCCUUGGUGAUCACGACGUUUAAUCAGUUUAAUCAGUUUACGCUGUUAAGUGAAUCCCCCUAAUUUUCUUCAGAAAAGCCGAAGGUUACAAAUGUGUAUAUGUUAUAGUUUCAAAGCUAUAAAUUAAGAAAGGGAAGGGAAAACUUGGAUUUUUCUUGUACUGGCAAAGACGAGGGGUGCUGCCACGGGCCGAGGGGUGAUCCGAUCGGCACCAAAAUUUGGAUUUUUUCUUCCUCCAUUUAAACAAACAUUCCAACAAAAUUUGGUCAAAAUCCGUGAUGGUCGAUAACACGUUUCCACUUUUUAUCGGUCACUUCAUAUGGAAUGACCCUAAUUAUUUUGCUUUUUUAUUAUGCUUCUAAAAACAGGAUCAGAUUUAUUUGAAUUUCCAGGGUUCUAUUUAAGUUUCUGAAAAGAUCAUUUGUCUUUGCCAGAAACCUAGCAUUGAGGAGAACCUAAGUUAUUGAGCAGUGCUUUUCAAAGUUAGUAGUUGAAUGCUUUUUGUGUUAAUUUUCUGGCCACUACUAGCAUUUUAACUAGGUUUAAUUGUUAGAAUUUCCAACAGAUUUUAACAAUUUUAUAAUCGAAUUUCUUACGCCCAUUUGCAGAGAAAACUGUUUUCUCUUCUUUGAGAAUUCAAGAGAUAUUAAAGAGAUUAGAGUCUUCUAGUGGAGUUAUAUUUCAUAACACUGCUGGGAAAAUGUGGAAAAGCUUUAGAGAAAAUCUAGAAGAAGUCUGUUAAGACGAGGUUUUAAAGAACUGGCUUUAAAAAAACUGGAAAACUUUGAAAAGUUUGAACAUUUUAGAAAAAAAAAUAAAAAGUUUGUGUGUCAAGUUGUGUAUCCUUUACUUAGUUAUGCAAUAAGUAAAUAUAUAAAAAAAAUACUGGGAGUAGUCGUUCACAUUCGUGAAAAGAUUGCUGAAAAAAGAGUUUUGUAAUAUUUUCUGUAGUCACUAGAUUUAGAUUUUUUUGGUAUUAAAAUUUAGGCUCCGCAAGAUAUCAAAAAGUUUAAUAAUCCUUAAUAAAUAAUAUGAAAUUACAGUGAGCAAUGAUUCCAAUAAAUUUGUGAGCAAAAAUUCAUAGAGUUUAGUCCAUAUUCGAGGAAAGAUUUUUGGAAAAAUUUGAAUGCGAUCCCCGAUAAAAUCAUUCAAAGGGCUCGCGUAUGCAAACAUUUCUAGAGAAGUUUCUAAAAUAUUAUUUGAAGGUUGAUAACACCCCUCCACAAAAUAGUGAUAAAAGCAUAACGCUGGAGAUGAUUUCCAAACAAUUAUUUUUUAAAAAUUAUAUUUUUUUUUUCAUUUUAUAUAUUAUUCGUUUCGGCAAAAGGUUGGAUUACCAAAGCUCAGUUAAUUUUCACCACUCGGUAAACUUUUUCGGUUAUUUGAUAAUGUUUGCCGAACGUUCAAUAAUUGCCAAAUCCCGGUAAUGAAUUAUUCAACAUUCAGCAAUAUAUUUUUGUAUCGAAAAUAGUUUUUAUUUCUCUUUUUAUUAACAAGACUUCUAACCAGAGGCUAGAUUAUCUCGGGAGAACACAAUUGCAGAACACGGUACUAUAUUUUGAUUAAUUUGUUUCUUUUCUACUUAUUAUUAUUUUAUUAAAUUAUUAUUUUGCUUCAGUUAUUUUGGUGGAAUUUUCAUUGAAACGCGAGUUGUAAUUUCAGUUGUUGAAUAUCUCUAAUAACACCGACUUUCUUCAGUAGUUAUUUGAUUAAAUUUAAGUAAUAUUCAUCAUUGGAUCUAUAGUUCGUAGCGGACAUCAGGUUGGUGUGCAAAAGGCAGUUUAUGGAAGUGUUUAACCUUCUUCGUGCAUUAGCUGAUACUAACCUCGUUGAUGUUGUAGGUUCUAUGGCCCCAAACACGACUAGGGUUGAAUAAAUCUUAAGGACAAACGUAUUGAAUUCCCGCUUCAACAGUGCAUCAGAACUUCUGACGCGAAAAUCUCAAGAAGCAAGCAUCAAACAACAGUGCAUUUUAUUAUUCUGCUCUUGCUCACUUGUAAUAAGCUUCAAAUAAAAAGAACAGGUAGGUACGCUGAUGUUGUUUACGAAGAGAUUUGUGAUCUCGAAAUCGUGAGUAGGUACCAAAGUCGGCCAUUUUGGGAUUCUUACAAGUCUGUCCUUAAGCUGCAAAAUCAACGGUUUAACUUUUCAAUGAAGAAAACUAUCAACGUAUUCCUGUUUCAGCUUAUUUCUUCACUUCCACUCAAUAAAUUGAAACGUUUGGUAUUCUUGUAGGAGACAAUAUGCCAAACGACUUUGCCUAAGACCGCAAAGUGAUCCGAAAAUUGUGGGCCAUAAGAUCAUUGUAUAUGCCAGGCCAGACACAGGCGCAGUUAUAUGCCGCACACCAUCGACAGAUUCAAACAAUCUCUGCAUACCAUUCUGAUUCAUGCUUUCCUGCGCUUCAGCAGUUAAAUUUUCUUUGUGUAGCGGUUUCUUGCUGCAGUGGAUUUGUUUCUCUUCUGCUCUCAACACCCUGUAUCACUCUUUUGCUAACAUUCGACUGGCAGUAUUAUUCUCGUUCGUAGCUCGUUGAUGCUUCUCGUUGAACCAACCAUUAUUGCGCUGGCGUUGCUGAGAUGUACCUAUCACCUCGCUGUUGCGCUCUUGGCUACUGUUUCAUGGGUCAAUUUCUAUGAACUUCUGAGAGUUGUUGUUUUGAUAGGUUGCAGGUGCAAAACCUCAACGAGUAGUGGCUUUUUAAAUCUCCUAAGAUGUUAAGAAAGGCGCAUCACGAUGGCGUAGUGUCCAGUGGGCCUUCCGGGGUCAUUUUGACCCCAACAUCCUACUGGGGUUAAGAGAUUGAAACGAAAUAUUUGAAGUUUUUUUAGAAUCCCCCACUCACAUCCUCUUUACAUAUUUUUGGAUGAUUCAAAUAUUCAUUUGAGUUGUCCGAAUAUUGUGCAAAACAAGUUUGACACAUAUUUCAAUCCAACCAACAACUUUCAAAAGAAAUUUUGCCAUCUUCCACAAUUCGCCCUAAUGCGUGGAAAUUUCCAGCAGAAAAUACCUUUCGAUCAUCAUGGCAUCUCCGCCACAAUGAUCCGCCUAAUUGAGGCCAGCUGGGCAAAUUAACGCCAAACAACGCCGCAAAUCGCGCGAACAAUAAGCGGAUCACUAAACUUAAUUUAACUAAUCCUUCGAUGGAGUGGGUCCCCGCAGUCUCUAGCAUCUAAUGUAGCAUCUCGCCGCCGUCCGAUUCGUCUCACAUAAAGAUCACACCAGGAAAAAAAUGGACCAUAGAGCUAAGACCGCAUAACCCCUGGCCACACAAUUAACACCCCUAAACGGUGCAAUUUUCUUCCUCGAGUUAACGACGAACACCGCACAGCCGCCAGCGAAGGCACGGUCUUCACUCUUCAUCGUUUCAAGCUCAAGAACCAUCCAUCACGCACGCCGCUCCGUUUCGUCUCACAUCAGGGGCUUCCCAUAAGCAGCCGAGGAAAAUCGGAACAAUUAUCCGUGCCACAUUUGGCGGCCACUGACUGACUGGCUAAUGCCUGUCGAAAUACGCGGUACCGCGUCGUGCGUAACGGUAACCUUGCGGUUGCAGUUCCAAGAUCAGACCCAGUUUUUUUUUUGUGGUGACUUGAGACGAACAUCUCCGCAUGCUGAUGGUCAUCGUAGCAGCGUAGUCGUCGUCGUCGGGUGGAGCCUCUCCGGGUGUGGAGAUCAAGUGGCAUCAAGAUGAGCUCCAGGGUCAUUCGGCAGGCUGGCCGCCAGCAACUGCGGCCCGGGGCGGUGUUGGUUUUCUAGUUCAGUGUUGAGGUCUCUUCCCCGGUACGGAGUGGUUUCGAUUUCACUGACGAACGCCACUCGGAGUGGCAUGCUUCAGACAAAUUUUAAGAGAUGUUUUUCGCUCAAUUUGUGAGAACCAGCAGAACUACCUUGUUGAUUCUUGUUGAGAUAUAAUCAGCGAAGACGAAAAUGUCAAAUCGCGGUGCGGUGCGCCCAGCAAUGCAAUAAAGCGAUGCCCUUUUCGGGGGCGGACCAACCCAUCUUCGCGAUCAUCGGCAAGCUUGUAUCUAUAAGGAGAUGCUGCGCUCCCAUAAAUCAUCUUCGGCGACGGCGGCGGCAGUCAGUUAUUGGCGCAACGAGUCGUGGAGUUGGUAGUACCAUCACUCGAGCGAGCGAGCAGGUGCUCCCAUUCUAGAUUAACCAACCGUAGUUAACGAUGUUGUUGGUUGUUGAUGCUUCGUUUCGUGUGACUUAUCCUUGACAUUUCGCUGCUGAUCUACCAUCUCUUUGGUCGUUGUCAUCACUCAUCAUGAACGUGGUGGAUGAUGGUGUGCAGCCGAAGGGUUUGCGAUCCGUUUAUGGAUUUUGUUAUUUUGGUAGCGAGUAAAGGAUUCGUGGAAAAUGAUUUCUUUGCAGAAUUUACUCAAUGGAUUUACGCCUUCAUAGCCUUCCAAAGAAGUUGCAGAAAUGUUACUAGCCGCUUCUGAAAUCCUUUUCAUACUUUGAGCUCUAGAAAUCUUAUCAUUACAGUCUCGUCAAAUUGACCGUUAUGGCAACCAUAGACCAACCCCGGUGAACAAUUUUGUCGUAUGCUAACAGGUAAGACUCUUACUUCUGCAAACCUGAGAGUCUGCUACCCAUGCCACCUGAGGGACUCCAAACGUGCCUUAUGAUUCUCCGGAAAUUUAGGGGUUGGCAGUCGAUGUCAACAAGAGAUAACGAAUCGAAACUUUAGCGGGGGUCGUAAAGGGAUAUGUGACUGGAAUUGAAACUCUCUGAACUUCAUUGGAAACAUCCGCACAUUUACCGGUUUACUGAAGGACCUGCUAAACCCGAGCAUCGUAAUAAGUAAUGGUUGAGGUGUGACCGUUUAGAGAUUACUAUGCCAUCUCUAGGUUUGGUGUGACUCCCAUGUGUUCCCCAUGUAAGGAGGGACUGAUUGACGUCCGAGUGUCAGUGAAGGACUCAUAACUCAAUUUAGCACCGUGGUGCACCGGAAAGCUAAGGGGUUGAUGUCCAGCCCUACGUACCGAGACCUAACUGCAGGACUUCAGCGAACAUGGAAGACUUGCGAUUGGAAACUCGGUACGCGGAACUGCCUGAUCUCUCAACUUCAUUGGCAGCACCCGCAUACUCUCCGAUCUGCUGAUGAACCGCAGGUUCAGCAUUGUAGCGCUGCAGAAGGUGUGCUGGACAGGAUCCAUGGUGCGAACUUUUAGAGACGAUGGUUGGUUCUCCUAGCAGCUGAUGCAGCUCGUGGUUCAUUCGCCUUCUCCAAGUCCCGUCUUCCAUCUGCACUCCGCCGUGGAUGGUACGCAACACCUUCCGUUCGAAAACUCCAAGGGCGCGUUGAUCCUCUGCACGUAGGGUCCAUGUUUCGUGUCCAUAGAGAACCACCGCUCUAAUCAGCAUUUUGUAGAUAGUUAACUUUUUUUUUUUUUUUUUUUUUUGUUUUUUUUUUUUUUUUUUUUUU